GACUGCCCCACUCUUAAGCGUGGAGCCACCCUUCGCCACAGCCCGAGCUUCGAGAAGGAGCUUGAGUUGGUCAUGUUGGAGACUGAGAAGGACUGGCGCUACUUGCGGUGCGAUAUGGAGAAGAAGCACCCGACGAAGAUUAUGAUGGUGAGGUACAACAGUGCUGGCACGUGGUUCCACACACCUGGCAAAGGGUGGGCUCUCUAUGAGCCCGACCACCCUGAACUGCCAAGGCUGCACGCGGAGCUGAAGGCGCAGGAGGACAAGGAUGGUGAGGAGGCUCCGAACCUUGCCAGCGCGCAGCGCCAGCUUGCAGAGCAGCAAGACGUGAGCUUGCCGGAGACACAGGUUGAUGAGGAGGACCUUGCUGGCGGGGCCGAGGAGUGCGGCGAUGAGGAGCUGAACGAGACACAGCUGCCGGAGGACGAGGAGUGCGGCGAUGCGAAGCUGAACGAGACACCGCUGCCGGAGCACGAGGAGCGCGGCGACGAGGAGCUGAACGAGACACAGCCGGAGCACGAGGAGCGUGGCGAUGAUGAGGAGCUGAACGAGACACAGCUGCUGGAGCACGAGGGCCGCAGCAAUGAAGAGCUGCCCGAACACAAACAGCUUGAGAACGCUGCAACGGUGGAUGAGGCCUACAAGAUGACUCAGGAGCUGAGCUGGCGGGAGGCCACUCAGGACAUGGAGCAGUGGCAGCAGCCGCCAGCGGCGGAGAACGCUGGCUACUUCGAGGAGGAGUGGCCGGCAGCGGACAACGUUGACUAUGCCGCAAGGGAGUGGCCAGCAGCGGAGAACGUCGGCUACUCGAAGUGUGUGGCGGCGGAGAACAUUGACUAUGUGGCGAAGCAGUGGCCGGCGACAGAGAACGUCGGCUGCUUGGAGUGGCCAGCGGCGGAGAACUUUUACUAUUCGGCGAAUCAGUGGCCAGCGGAGAACGUUGACUACUUGGCGGAGUACGUUGACUCUUCGCAGGAGCUCGAGUGGGCAGCAGCGGGGAACGUUGCCUACGAGUGGCCGGCAGCGGGCAACGUUGUGGCGAAGGAGUGGCAGGCAGAGGACGCCGUUGGCUACUUGGAGGAGCUGCCAGCAGCGGACAACGUUGGCUACUUGGAGGAGCCAGCAGCGGACAACGCUUGCUACUUGGAGGAGGAGCUGCCAGCAGCGGACAACGCUUGCUACUGGGAGGAGGAGCUGCCAGCAGCGGACAACGCUUGCUACUUGGAGGAGGAGCUGCCAGCAGCGGACAACGCUUGCUACUUGGAGGAGGAGCUGCCAGCAGCGGACAACGCUUGCUACUUAGAGGAGGAGCUGCCAGCAGCGGACAACGCUUGGUACUUGGAGGAGGAGCUGCCAGCAGCGGACAACGCUUGCUACUUGGAGGAGGAGCUGCCAGCAGCGGACAACGCUUGCUACUUGGAGGAGGAGCCAGCCGCGAAGAAGGUCUGCAUCUCGGAGGACGCGCAGAAAUGGCAGGAAACCUUCAAGCAGGAGGAGAACACGGAGGGCGCGGGACGCUGGUGGGCGGCAGACAACGAACAGACGCGGUCAUGGCUAGAGGACAAGCGGCGCCAGGGCGAGUGGCCGGGCGGGGAGGGUGGAGAUGAGGCGCCUGACGCGCGCGACGCUGUUAUGAAGGAGCGGGGCUUGGACUUGGAGUGGCCAUGGUAUGGGCCAAGGGAGGACUGGCCAGAGCAGCUCAACGAGGAAGGCUUAGAGGUCGAGGACCCGAAGUUGCAAAACAGCAACACGCCGAAAGACAAUGCCAAUCACGAGUCUUGA